AUGGUGGUGGGCAACAGGAGCAAGGAGGUUGUGCUUGGGGAAGUCCUGGAGCUGAAUAGGUGUGCCAAGGAUGGGGCAAAGGGAAAGGGAAAGAUGGUAGAGGAGAACUCCCAGGGUGGGAGUUCUAAGGAUCACCUGCCUCAUAGGAGCAAUGAAGAUGAAGCCGACUCUGUGAGCUUGGGGUCAGUGUACUCCCAAGAUGAUCCCAAUGAGGCCUCAUCCACCACUCACAACAACACAUGUCCCAAUGACAUGGGGACCACUCUGGUGUAUCCACAUGAUCCCAGGUUCAAGCAUUUGAUGUAUUAUGACCUGUACUUGCACAUUCUGGAGGGUGGAGAUGCAGCUACUGCAAUGAUGGUGCUGGAUGUGAUAUAUGUGCAGGAUGCAAUGGUGCAUGUUUCUGUUCAUAAUAAGACAAUACUUGAGAUGUAUUGUCUUGUUGAACCCAUCCCUCCAUUUGCUCCCUCAUUAUCGCCCAUCCCUGAAGACAACAACAAGGUUGGCACAGUCAUUGCCUCCCCCCCUCUACCCCAGGCGCCAAUGGCUGAGGAGCUCAAGUCUGUGCUCCGCAAUCGCAUGCAGCACAGUGACAUAGCCUGUCAGGCCAUCAAUGAGGAGUAUCGUCAUGUGGGUCAAGCACACCCUCAAGAAUCAGCCUCAAGCUCAUCUAGCUUGGCUAGUGUGGGCUCAUCUAGCUUGGCUAGUGUGGGCUUGACUCCAUUCUCAAGGCUGCCACUGGGUCCCAAUGCCCGUGCUGGCUACAAUGGUCUUGCAGACCUCUUUGGGAGGAUUGUGCAGAUGCUGGGCACCGUCAGCACAUUCUUCAAGAAGAAUGAAGCAGUGUCAAAGUACAAGUGGUGGGCUUGGGCGGGAUACCAAGUGGCCAAGGGGAGUGGCAUGCUCUUGCUGUGGAUCCAGCUGGCCAUCAUCAGUUGCUCAACAGUUAUGAGGUACAACCUGCAUACCUUCAUCAUUCUUCUCAUCAUGUUUAUCUUCUGCAGGGCAAAAGGGAUUGCAAUCCAUGAGGUGCUGUUUGGCAUCCUGGAGGACUUGGCAAUGAAAGGGAGGAUUGUGAUGGGUUAUUGCACCUCAUGGUGA